AUGAAAUCCGAUUUCAAGUUCUCUAACUUGUUAGGAACAGUUUAUAGAAAAGGUAAUCUCUUGUUUACUGAAGAUGGAACCAAAUUACUUUCACCAGUGGGCAAUCGUGUCUCCUGUUUUGAUCUUAUUAAUUCCCAAUCAUUCACGUUCAAUUACCAACAUCGGAAAAAUAUCAGCUGUAUAGCCUUGAACAAACCAGGUACAUUGUUGAUUUCUAUUGAUGAAGAUGGUAGAGCUAUACUUGUGAACGCAGUCCUGCGUGUUGUCUUGCAUCAUUUCAAUUUCAAAGCCAAAGUAUACGACAUUAAGUUCAGUCCUUGUGGUCAUUACUUUGCCGUGGCCAUGGCUAGAUUCAUUCAAGUUUGGAAAACUCCUGAUGUCAGCGAAGAUAGACAAUUUUCUCCAUUCAUAAGACAUAGAAUAUAUCUGGGACAUUACAACGAUGUCACGAGCAUUACUUGGUCUCAAGAUUCUCGUUUCUUUAUAAGUACUAGUAAGGACAUGACUGCUAGAAUUUUUUCCCUUUCCAGUGAUGAAAAAGACGUUACUAUGACUUUCUCGGGACAUCGAGAUUAUGUUGUUAAUGCUUUCUUUAGUGCUGAUCAAGAAGUCAUAUAUACAGUCAGUAAAGAUGGAGCAUUGUUCAAAUGGGAAUACACCGAGAAACCAGUAGAAAGUGAUGAUGAAGAUAUGGAAGAAGAGGAAGGCGUCGCUAAACCAAUGAGUUGGAGAAUAACUAGAAAAGAUUUCUUUCAUGCUGACGGUAAAUUAAAAUGUGCUACUUUCCAUCCUCAAUCUAACUUAUUAAUUGUUGGUUUUACCAAUGGUGAAUUCAGAAUUUAUGAAAUCGAAGAGUUCAAUCUUAUACAACUGUUGAGUAUGGGUCAAAAUUCCAUCAAUACCGUCACCAUAAAUAAAACAGGAGAAUGGUUGGCCUUUGGAUCUGCUAAACUUGGACAAUUAUUGGUUUACGAAUGGCAAUCAGAAUCAUAUAUUCUUAAGCAACAAGGACAUUUUGAUUCCAUGAAUACCUUGGCAUAUUCUCCUGAUGGAUCUAGGUUAGUUACAGGAUCUGAUGACGGUAAAAUUAAGAUUUGGGAUGUUCAAUCUGGAUUCUGUCUCUUCACAUUCACGGAACAUACUUCUGCAGUCACUGGAGUUCAAUUUGCUAAACGUGGACAAGUUUUAUUUUCAAGUUCUUUGGAUGGUACUAUACGAGCAUGGGAUUUAAUCAGAUUUAGAAACUUCAAGACAUUUACUGCUGCUUCAAGAAUCCAAUUCAAUUGUUUGGCAGUUGAUCCAAGUGGUGAAGUUGUAUGUGGUGGGUCUCAAGACACUUUUGAAAUUUAUGUGUGGUCGGUCCAAACUGGUCAAUUAUUAGACUCUUUAAGUGGACAUGAAGGUCCUAUUUCUUGUUUAACCUUUGGUAGAGAAAACUCGGUGUUGGCUUCAGCUUCAUGGGAUAAGACUAUUCGUAUUUGGAAUAUUUUUGCUAGAAAUCAAACCGUGGAACCAAUCGAGGUCACCAACGAUGUGAUUUCCUUAACUAUGAGACCAGAUUGUAAAGAAAUUGCUGUCCUGACAUUAGAUGGACAUAUUACCAUUUUUGAUAUUGAAGAUGCCAAACAAUUACAUUUAAUUGAUGGUAGAAAGGACAUUAUCAAUGGAAGAUACUUUGAUGAUAAAUUUGUUGCCAAAAAUUCUGGUCGUGGGAAAUAUUUCAAAACUAUUGCUUAUUCCUUUGAUGGAUUAACUCUUUUGGCUGCCGGUGAUAACAACUCCAUUUGUAUGUAUGAUAUUGACAAUGAAGUGUUGUUGAAGAGAUUUAUUGUAUCGGAAAACAUGUCUAUUGAUGGUACUUUACAAUAUCUCAACAGUGGUAAAAUUACAGAUUCUGGUAUAAAUUCCGAUUUGAUUGAUCGUGAUGGAGAAUUAAGUGAUUUGGAAGAUCGUAUAGAUAACACCUUGCCUGGAUCAACUAGAGGUGGGGAUCCAGGAGAACGUCGUGCAAGACCAGAAAUCAGAGUCAACUCUAUUGAAUUCUCCCCUACUUCAUCAGCAUUUGCUGCUGCUUCUACUGAAGGGUUGUUGGUGUAUUCAAUUAACCAAGAUGUUAUAUUUGAUCCAUUUGAUUUGGAUGUUGAUGUUACUCCCGAAGCUACCUUGGAAUCUCUUAAUGAUAAGGAAUACCUUACUGCUUUGGUUAUGGCGUUCAGAUUAAAUGAAAGUUACUUGAUUCAUAAAGUAUUGGAAUCGGUACCGUUAAGUGAUAUUCAAUUAGUUUGUCAAGAUUUACCAGUGGUUUAUUUGAAUCGUGUGUUGACAUUCAUUGGUGAAUUAUUAAUCAAACAAAACUCGCCACAUUUUGAAUUUUAUUUACUUUGGGUCAAGAAUUUAUUGAUUCAACAUGGGAAAUAUAUCAGUGGUCAUAGAUUGGAAUUGCAAUCUUCAAUGAAAUUGUUGUCGCGAUUCUUGAAUAAGAUUGCCAAAGAUGUUGUCACUGUUGGAAAGAAGAACGAUUAUUUAUUAAGUUAUUUGACGGUUAGUAAAGACUUGAAGGAGGAUGUGCCAGAAGAAGAACAAGGAUCUGAAGAAAGUGAAGGUGAGGAUGUAGUAAUGGACGAAGACGAGGAUUCUGAUGAUGAAGGAUGGUUACUUCCUAAUGAGCAUUCCUUGAAGAGUGGUAAUGGUAUUGUGUUUGAAGUUGAUGGGGAUGAAGAUAGUGAUGAGGAUGACGAAUUAAUAGAGGUUUAG